AUGUUUAAAAACAAAGCUAUGUUAGCUCCUGAGAAUGUUCAUAAUGAUCAACCGCUACAUGGAAAUCAAGGAUGUGAGAAUCUAGUGUCUGGGAGUGUUGAGCAUCGUCCAGCUAAGCGUCCCAGAGGAAGGCCCUGUAAGUCAGAGACUGAUGCAAACAACCCAAGGGAGUAUAGUCGUGGCAGAGGCAGAGGCAGAGGUACUGGUAAAGGUCUAGGUCGAGGUAGAGGUAGAGGUCGUGGUCGGGGAAGGCCUCGUAAAAUAGAUCAAGAUGCAAAUCAUUCUGAGCAGCAAUUGCAAACGGAUGAUCAAGAUCAGCAGAAUUCUAGUGGUAGGGGUAGAGGUAGAGGUAGAGGCAUCAGCGGAGGCAGAGGUGAUGGUGUAGGUCGAGGUAGAGGCAAGGGGAGUGGUAGGGGGAGAGGGAGGCCUCGGAAAAUAAAGCUAGACACAAACACAAACCAAUGUGAGGAGCAGUUACAAUCACAAGAUCAUGCUGAAGGUCUGGUUAACUUAGGUAAUCCAAUUGAGGACGAUAAUCAAAUUUUGCAGCAAAAGCAACAACCAGAUGGUCAGCAGCAACAAGAGCAAGAUCAAGGUUUGGUUUCAGAAUCAAAACCUGAAUCAGAAGAGGCCUCUAAACCUGAUUUCGGAUACGAACCAGAGGCACUGGUGGAGACUCAAUUACAAGCACCUGAACCUCAGGAUAAUAUGGCCUCUUAA